AUGCUGCGUACACGGCGUCCGUUGCCGUUACGUCGACGAAGCGACGGGUGGCCUGUGCGCUUUUAUUCGUUAACACGAGGACUCCGUCAGGUGCAGGGACGUGAGCGUCUCAUUUUAGGCACCCACGGGGCAGGCAUUGUGCAGCAUACUUCGGUGGCGCAACCUUCCGCCGCUAAUUUUCCGAACUCUGUGACGGUUGCGGCUCCGGCGGCGGAUUUGUUCCGCACGAAAGUGCAUGAAGGGACUGGAACGGGUGAGAAGGACCCGUAUGUGCGGACGUUGCCCAACCAGGUGAGCCGAGAGCCGGAAUCUACCGUCUCGCAGGCCCAUAGCACUGUGGCCCCCACCGUAGACGAAUGCACCACACUUGACAGAAGAUGGGAAAGUAUGCAGUACUGGUUUAGCGACCAAUACCCUCGGCUCAUAAUUUAUUUGCAGCAACUGCAAGUUCCUGAUGUACCACCUUUGUCUUCUGCGGCGGAGUCUUUACUGUCGCGGUUUGAAGAGGUUGGAUUACCAAAGUUGGUCUCUGAGGGCGUAGAUCGACAGCAACUCAUAAAACUAUGGAAAACGCUAACAGAUGAGGUCAAUGCACUGCAAUUGCAAUACCUUUGUGAUCGUUCCACGUUUGAAUCGAAAUUGUCACAUAUCUGUAAAGAGGCUUUACAGCAGAUGCAAAGCAUGUCAUCAGGUGGAGUGGAAGGUGCCCUGGCAAUUGAGGCGCUACGACGCCAAACCAUUUUGCGACGCAACGAUUACAUUCAAAAGCAUCUGAUUGAUGUCAUGAGUAACGGGGCCUAUUUUGGCUUUGGGGACGCCGUGUGGCAAGUCUUUUUCCACGCAGUGAAGACUCACAAGGCGGCUCUUUUUGGUGACAGCACACCCGAAUCGCUUCGUUUUGCCUGGGAGUCGGUGAUGCAGGAAGAUGUGGUGCGUGUUCCCGAUGUGACGGCCCCAGUUGCGCUCUUUUUAACGCUUGUGUGCAUCCAUGAGAGCAACGGACUGGCGUCAGGGGAGUGGAAGGAGUCGGCAUCAAGCCUGAGCGAUGGCAUUCGCUCCUCGCACGCGGUACAGGGUCGCCCCCAUCUGGAGCUGCUUAACCCGGUGGUGAAGCGCCGUUUUGUCGCUAGGACAGUGGAGGCGCUCUUGCAGUCCCCCACUUCUAACAACUUCUCCAAGCUGCUUCGGGAGCACGGGCUGCACGACCUCAGCCGUGACGUCUCCCUUUGCGAGGCGAUGAACAGUAAUCAAAAAAUUCUUGAAGACGACGUUGCGGAUGCAGUGGCGCGCUUUGAAAGCAGGGGUGAGGUGAAAACCCUGCUUUCGUCUCUCACGGCGGGAACCGACGCUGCCGUGCGUGACACGGUCGCCAAAAUCCUAGGCAUCUCCGUCACCACCACCAUGAACUGGGAUGCCGUGAUGCAAAGCGUGGACUGGACAAACAACUGGCGGCGGUUGGCGACAAUGCUGCUGUGUGACCAGACCGUGCUGGUGGCCAUUCAUAAGCUGGUUCAAAACGCGAUUGGCGCCAAGGGCGCGUCACGCCACUUGUUCUCCGACGAGUACGUGGAUCAGCUUCAAGACAUCAUUGCGAUACGUGAGGAGCGAGAACUCAACAAAAAACUUAAGAUAGAUCGCAUCUUGAAGGAACUCUCCUCCUAUAAGAAUGUGGAUCAGACGUGUGAAAUUAUCCGUCAACUGGGUGUGGAUAUGACAGAGCUAGACCACGCGGCAUCAUUGAUACGAGACAAGGGACUUGUGAGGCGGCCGGCUAUGGAUGAGAAGUUGAUUGCGUGCGUGCUGGAGGCAGUCGCUAAGCGCCACCCAAACUGGGUGCGAGCUGGUGUGAUUGACCCCGCAGCCAUGAAGGAUUCCAUGAGUGCACUAAGAUAUAUGCUCUUUAUUUUCAUACGCCUUGCGUAUGUUCCUCAGUCGGGCUUGGCCGCGAUGGCGCAGCGAUCUCGGCGUCGCAUUGGCCCCAUUGGACUGGAGCCAUUCCAAUUUAACGUUCCCACAGAAGUGGGUUUUGUCGAGCACUACAACAAUUUGCAGUACAAGCGGUAUGACUGGCAGGGCUGGUACCAGCGGAUGGUGGACGUGCACAACCGCAACGUUUCCCUGCGCUGCCGCAUCCACGACCUCAAGCGUCUAGAUGCCAAUGGUGUGCCUUUUGUGGACACGCAAACCGAACGUCGGCUGAGGAUCCUGGCGGGCGGACGCGUUGGCAUGGGGGUGUUGAUGCUGGACUCCGACAAGUACGAGGAUCAGGCAGAUAACAUGACGUUUGGCUCGCUAAAGCUCUCGGAGCUCCUGGCGGACGCGCGGAAGGCACAACUGGGCGAAGAGUACUGGCCCUCCGUCGAGCUAAAGGUGCGAAAGCCUAGUGGUCAGAGUAAGGCGCACUACUCCCUCAUUGACCAUGAUCGGAUUGAGAAGCGAAGCCGGGAACUCUACGAGAAGUAUCGUGAAGCGAAGAAGAAGAGCCUGUUUGUCACACCUAUGGACAUGUGGUUGGAAGUGAAGGGUGUACAGGUGCGCAAGGCCUCCGAUGGUGCCGACGCGCAUGGCUACACUGUGGAUGCCUUGCAGGAUGCGCUGGACAGCGAUGACGCCGAGAAGCGCUAG